UUCUAUAUUUUCGUAUUCGGGCCGGUUAGAGAAAGAUGUAACACUGAACUAAAUAUCAGUCUUUCAUGCCUCUCUCACUGGCUCCCAUUAAGAAACCAUGUGUAUAAGAAAGGGCCACCACCCACUUCUGCGCUGGAGGCCCUGCCAAUCACUCCAUACUUCAGCAGCAGAGCUUUGCCCAAACGCAAGCAAUCAGGAAAAGCAAAGAAAGUGAGCUUCACCAUGCAGUCCUCAUCCAGUUACAGAUCACAAUACCAAACCUCCGGCAUCAGCGGCCAGUAUCCACAGCAGCCACCUAUGCAGCAAGCUCCAAAUGCUCAACAGCCUGUUCAUAUGCAAACAGCUCCACUGAUGCAACAGGCCCCGCCCAUGCAGCAGAGCUCCAUCCACAUCCCUGUAGGUCCAUCUCCAACUAAAGUGGUCAGCACUGCCACCAUUGUGCCCACAGCAUAUCCCACUGCUCCAGCGUGUGAGUGGCAGGGGGAAAAGGCGCAGCGUGGCGUCCAUUUCAGAGAAGGCCUUAUUCAGCCCCCUGCUCCGGCUCCUGCUGCUCCUGCCCCAGUUCAUGUUCCUCAUCCUGCCCCAGUUCAUGUUCCUCCUCCUGCUACAGUUCAUUUUUCUCCUCCUGCCCCAGUUUAUUUUCCUGCUCCCACCCCUCCUGCUCCUGCCCCUGGCCCCACCCAAUCUUCCAACAGACCCCCAUGGGUCACAGAUGACACUUUUGCUCAGAAGUUUGACCCCUGCAAGACCACCACCACCAGCGUCAAAGUACAGCCUCUUCCUACUGCAGCCCCACCACCUCCUGCCUACAUUCCCAACCCUUCCCGCCCCUGCUGCCCCAGCCCUGCCCCAGCCCCAUUUAUCCCUGCCCCGUUCCAACCUGUGGCUCGUGGCACAGCACAGAGAGCAGAACGCUUUGCUGCAAGCAAUAGGACACCGAUGUGUGGGUCCUGCAACAACAUCAUCAGAGGGCCCUUCCUGGUGGCACUGGGUCGCUCAUGGCACCCAGAGGAGUUUAACUGCCAUUACUGCCACACAUCACUGGCUGACGUCUGCUUUGUGGAGGAGCAGAAUAAUGUUUACUGCGAGAACUGUUACAGAGAGUUCUUUGCCCCUACCUGUGCCCGCUGCAACACUAAGAUCAUGGGAGAAGUGAUGCAUGCUCUGAGGCAAACCUGGCACACUACCUGCUUUGUGUGUGCUGCGUGUGGGAAACCGUUUGGAAACAGCCUCUUUCACAUGGAGGAUGGAGAACCUUACUGUGAGAAAGAUUACAUCGCACUCUUCAGCACUAAGUGCCAUGGCUGUGAUUUUCCGGUGGAGGCUGGAGACAAGUUUAUUGAAGCUCUUGGCCACACAUGGCACGACACCUGCUUUGUGUGUUCGGUUUGCCAUAUAAAUCUGGAAGGCCAGCCGUUCUAUUCGAAGAAGGACAAACCUCUAUGCAAGAAACAUGCACACGCCAUCAACGUGUAGAUCCACAAGGAGUACAGCGAUCAUCCUGGUCACUGCAUUUGCCUUAAUAUUGGUUAGAGCUUAUUUUAUAGAGGGAUUCGAAAUCUAUUAAAAUACGGAUCCUAAAAUUAAAUCCAGCCCGACCUACAUAUUAUAUAUUAUAUACUAAUGCUAAUCUAAAAAUUUAAUUUAAUUUCAAUUUAAUACAGAAAUAUGGAUUAUAGUGAGAGUUCUGGGGAAAUAUAGAUUAUCUUAAUGCAUUUAAUUUAAUUUGUAAUGAAUUGAAUAUACAGAGCUUAAAGUAUCCAAUGAGGAAAAAAUCACUUGAGUUAAACUUGAAUUGAUUGUAUGAUUAUGCAUGUUGCAUUUGCAAUGUGCUCAUUUUAGUCUGGAUGAUUGAGUUUCAUUUCACUGAAUGAGCUUUUUAUUUAACUAGAAUUUCACUUUUAUUAUUUCACUGUUUAAGAUUGUGAAUUUUGUGUUGAUUUUUCAAUGGUAAAUGAAGGUAAUAUAGUACAGAAUACAAAAAAAGAGACAUGGUAGUAUUUUUAUUUUAGCUAGAGACUUUGGUAUGAGGUAUAGCAACCUGUUUUAACUUAAAAAUAAAGUUGUUUGGGUGUGAAACAUGUAUUUAAAGCAAAGUGUUCUGGAUUUCUUUCCUAGAUGUUGUCUUUACUGAUUUGGAGAUUAUAUCUGUACCCGUGCCUUACGUUCCCUAAAUAAGAACUUAUAUUUCUAUUGAGUGAGCCUUGUUUGAGUCAACAUGUUGACGCCUGGCUGAGGCAGUCAGCUGGUGUGGUGUUGUUUUAUUGCUGACUUGGUUUGAUGCCUAAUUUAUUUGUUUUGUGUACGUGUGAUGGGAAAUGCAUGCAUUUUUUGAAUCUGUAUAUAUAAUGUUCCACUUUCACUGAUUAUUAAUUAAUCGAUCUAUAAUCAAAUCAAUGUCUGUCUUUUGGUUUGUGAUUUAAGAAACAGAAAAAGGUGUUAUGUUCACCUUCUGUUCAUGCAUGUUUCCUGUAAAAACAAAGAAAAAAAAUACAUGCUGGUCAGCGGAUCAGCUUAGGCUGAAAUCGCACAUUGUUGUCAGGAUAAUGCCCUGCAAUGGACCGCAGUCUUAUUCAUGGUGUUUAACUGCCUCACACCUAGUGUUCCAGAGAUAGGCCCUGGAUAUACCACAAUUCAGGACAAAGUGCUUACUGGAGAUAAAUAAAUGAAUCAACACCAGAAAAUAUUGAAUGAAUUGGUAAUGCAGAACUCACCUGCUUUAUGAUCAAGUAACAGAGUUUCUGGAGUUGAAUGAGCAUUUUUUAUUUGUUUCCACUCCUGUUAAUAGCACACUCCUGUAUGUUUUUCAGCUCUAUAUCUCACAUACAGAAAUGUGGGUUAUAUUGUAAAAGAAAUAAACCUGUGCAACAGGCUAAUAUAUAGAUUUAUUCAGUAUAAUCUUUCACAAAAUAGAUUUUUAUUUAAGUGUCUCAAAACAUAGCUGAUUAUCUAUUUAUAUAGAUUAAGGCAUGUUAAUAUCUUAUCUUUUACUGGAGUAUUAAAUGAAAAUAGUGUUAUACAGCUGUAUAUUCAGAGACAGUGUGAAACAAUGGGGAUGUGUGCAGAGACAGAAAUGUUGUGUUGUGUACAUUUCCUCCAUAUAUUUAUUUUGUUGUACCUUUUUCAAAUACUAAUUGUCUCACUACAGGUUUAAUAGCCAGGUAUAAUUUUUCUGUCAUGCAACAUUCAUGGAUUGUAACAAAAUGAAAGCGAUUUUUGUGUGAAUUUUUGAAAAAAAUCAAAAACCAUUCAGAAUUUGUCAUAUAACUUGUCAGAAACUGGCUUUAAAAUCGGAGGAACUAAUUGUGUUGAGAUGCUUAGUGUAGUUUGCUGGCAUAGAUCGUUUUUUGUAUUCAUUGGUAACUGCAGAUAUUUUUGCUUUGUGCCAGAUGGAGAGCAUAUCCAGUGCUGAACUGCUUAACAUGAAUUGUAUCAUAUAAUAUACAGUAAAUGUACUCUAUAAGAAAUUGUCCUUAGUUGCUCCAUUCAAUGUGCAAGCUUUUCAUUCCCUGUCUUGUUGCUACAGCCUGCCAUUGGAGCAUAUUAACAAUAUUUCAGUCAUAUAUGUCUACAUGAAGGAGACAUGGUAUUGUAGUAGGUAGCAUUGUGGGCUUAAACCUGAGAUCGUUUCACAGCUACGCAUGUUUGGUUUUCCUUUGGUUCGCUCUCAGUGAGAAGGAUUGGCUAUGCUGAAUUGGCCCUACAUGCAAAUAGGUAUUUGAAUUGUGCUUUGCACUGGACUGCAUUUACAUUUUACAUUUAUGGCAUUUUCCAGAGCGACUUACAAUUAUCUCAUUCACACAACUGAGCUGUUGAAGGAUAAGGUCCUUGCUCAAGGGCCCAGCAGUGACAGCCUAGUGGUGGCCAGAUUUAAAUUUCUGAUCAGAAGUCCCACAUCUUAACCACUAAGCUACCCCUUCCACAAAUAUUAUGGCAUUUGGCAGACAUUGUGAUUCAGAGCAGCUUGGUGGUUCUGGGAUUUGAUCUCAUGACCUUCCAGUCUAAAGUCCCAUGCCUUAAACACUAAGCUGCCACCUCCCUGUCAAGCAACAUUUAUGGAUUGUAACAAAUGAAACCGAUGUAUAUGGACUAGCUUCCUAUCCAUUGUACAGUCUUCCUCCUUGUGGACCCAGUGCUAUCAGGAAAGGCUCAGAGACCCUAAUCAGGAUCAAGCAGUUACUGAAAAUGCAUACAAUUAUAAAUACCUCUCAAAACAUGGUUUCAAAUUAAUUGACUUGGUGCUGAUGGUGUUACUUUGAUACAACUUAAAAGAGAUGGUUAAGUGUAGGACAAAUGUUGCCCUCCUUUACAUGUGAAUGUGUUUAAUUCAGCUAAUAUAAUCCACACCCAAGACUACAUUUUUUUUUUUUUUUUUUUAUAUUUCAUAAGAUUCACAUAUGUAACAUAUCUAGCAUCCUUUUAUAAUUAGUUUGAAACUAUAAUUCAAAUAUUAAUUACAUACAUAAAUGAUAUUUGGCUCUAGAAUUAAUGGAAUUUCUUUUUAUUUCUCUGUAUAAAUAUAAUUUGUAUGAAUUAUAAAUGUUGUAUUCAUUUUGUAGGCUGUAUGAUCGUUCUCAUGUCACAGAGUACACAAAAGGUCUGAUCGUUCACCACUUACAGCAUACCCCCACCCUACACAGUAUCAUUUUAGUGUUCAAAGAAUUCUGCUCAAUAAUGCAGCAGAUAGCAUUUUGGCAAAACUACAUAUGAACACGAAUAAAGAUGUGUAAUAUCUGGAGGGAAAAGGGCUCCAUGAAUGUACCGUAUUAGCCCUUUUUUUCAAUUGACUGGUUUACCAUAUGCUCCCACUAGCCUGAUAUUAUUAGUGAUGUUUUAGUUGCCAGAUAUGUACACUGUGAUUAUGACUCCUUUAUGUGUGUCAUGAUUAUAAUAAACAUGGUAUUUUGCAAUAUA